AUGCCGAGCACAAUGUCCAAAGCUGCAGCGAAUGAAAUCACGCGCAUUUUAGGAGAAGACUCAGUGAGUUAUGACAACGAAGACAUCGAGACACACGGCUUCUCAGACUGGGCUUCCACAAACUCGGCGGGGCGAGCGGUGGCUAUCGUCUAUCCUAGGUCCACUGAAGACGUAUCCAAGAUUGCAACUAUAUGUAGCAAGUAUGGUGUGCCAAUUGUGGCUUUCGGGGCUGGAUCAUCCAUCGAGGGCAGUUUCGCAUCACCACACAGUGGAAUCGUUGUCGACUUCACAUAUAUGAACAACGUCAUCGCCACUCACCCCGACGACAUGGAUGUUGUUGUUCAGCCAGGAGUCAACUGGGUUGACUUGAACAGAAGACUAGAAGCUGAGGGCUUGUUUCUCCCGCUGGAUCCCUCCCCGACUGCGACAAUUGGCGGCAUGGUUUCCACUAACUGUAGUGGCACAAAUGCCUUCCGUUACGGUACCAUGAAAGACUGGGUUUUAAACGUGACCGUCGUUCUUGCCGAUGGCAAAGUCAUUAAGACAAGGAGACGGCCUCGAAAGACGUCUGCCGGGUACAACUUAACCUCACUUUUUGUCGGCGCAGAGGGUACCCUCGGAAUAAUCACUGAGAUCACACUGAAGUUAGCCGUGGUGCCGAAGGAGACUGGUGUCGCCGUCAUUUCUUUCCCCACUAUCAAGGAUGCCGCGUUCGCUGCGACCAAACUCAUCCGCUCUGGUUUGCAGUUGGCCGCACUGGAGCUGAUGGAUGACAUUCAGAUGCAAGUUGUCAACCGGCAUGGCAGCGAGUCAGUGCGAAUGAAAAAUCUAGACGAGUCUCCGACACUCUUCCUUAAGUUCUCCGGCCCUACCCAAGAGGGUGUUCAAGCAGAUAUAAUUCAGCUUGAGAGCCUUAUUAAACCUUGCAACCCAGGGAAAUCAUACUUCGCCAGAAGCAAGAAGGAAGAAACGGAGCUAUGGGCAGCAAGAAAAGAAGCGCUCUGGACCAUGACAUCGAUCAAGCCGGACGGGCAUGCGCUCUGGUCAACCGAUGUGGCUGUUCCCAUAUCUCGCCUAGCGGAAAUUAUCGAGCUCUCCAAGAAAGAUGCAGAGAGCUUAGGGGUCUUCGCAAGCAUUGUCGGGCAUGUUGGUGAUGGAAACUUCCACGAGGCGAUGAUGUAUGAUCCCAAGAAUGCAGCACAGAAAGCUGCGAUACAGGAUGCGUCGUGCAAGAUGGUAGAGCGGGCACUGGAGAUGGAUGGAACGGUUUCCGGCGAACAUGCCAUUGGAAUGGGGAAAAUGGCUUACCUUGUUGAUGAGCUGGGAGGCGACACAAUCGAGGUAAUGAAGCGAUUGAAACAAGCAUUGGAUCCUAAGUGGAUCUUGAACCCCGGGAAAGUGUUUGCUCUCCCGGAUGGCUCCAAGGCCAUUGCAGCCAAUCGAUUGGAAUAG